GUGUGUGUGAGAGCAGAGCGGGAGCGGGAGCGCGAGACCUGGGACACAAACAGGUCCUGAUUCACUACAGACACCUGUGCAUCUGUGCACCUGUGCGCGUGCAUGUCCUCUACGGAAAAGCUGCGCGCGCUCAGUCUGGAGGAGCAGCGCGAGCCCCCCGGGGUAUCAGGUGUUGAUGUUCAGGUGAUGGGGGACACAUGUUCACAUAAACUCGGCUCAACAAAGCUCCUAAAGCUGCUGAUUAUCAUCCUGCCCUGUGUGUGUGGCCUUAUCUGCCUCCUAACACUGCUGCUUGCCUUCACAGGAAUCAUUGGGAAUGGACUUCUUGACUCCAGUGACUCCGCCCCUUUGUCCGCCACAGAUGUUUCCAUGGCGACACUCGUCUCCAAUGUUGCUGUAACAAUGGAUGACAAUCUCGAUGAUGUCAACACCACAACGGCGAUCAGCUCGGAAACUUUCCAUCCACAAUCACCUUCCACUGAGACUUUGAUCUCUGACUCUUCAUCCUUCUCGUCUUCAUCGUUUCCGUUGGAUGCUACACCGACCCCGACUGCUGAUUGGUUAAUGAGUUUUUCCACUCUAAAUGACCUGUCUAGUGUGGAACCCACAAGGACCAACAGUGACCCUGGUUCCUGCUAUGACAUCACAGAGGCUCAGUGUCACAUGUUGCCAUAUAACCAGAGUGGCAUGUUGCCGGGGGCGAUGGUGGUGAAGCAUGGAGAGAUGGAGAUAUUUCUGCGUUUCUUCACAUACCUGAACAGACUAAACUGUUACUCACACAUCAUGCUGUUUGGCUGCACCAUCGCACUGCCGCAGUGUGUCACUGAUGGGGGCAACAUGCGAGUGAUUUUACCAUGUCAGUCAUUCUGCGAGGCGGCGAAGGAGGGAUGUGAAUCUGUUCUUCAGAUGUUUAACACCUCCUGGCCUGACUUUCUGCGCUGCUCACAGUUCCUCAAUGUCUCCAUGGCAACAUCUGGAGUCACGCCCACUUGCUACACACCGCGCCAUGCCAAGGGUCGAGCCUCUGUAUGUGGAGGCACUGACAGCUUCCUCUGUGCAACAGGAAUUUGUGUCCCACAGAAACUGGUGUGUAAUGGGUUUAACGAUUGUGAUGACUGGAGUGAUGAAGCUGACUGUGUGUGUUCAGAGAAAGAGUUCAGGUGUGGAACUGGACGCUGUGUCAACACUUCUCUGCUGUGUGACAGCUAUGAUGACUGUGGGGACCUCAGUGAUGAGCACAACUGCAAGUGUGACCAUGUAAAAGAGCAUCAGUGUGGAGAUGGACGCUGUGUUCCUCUGGAGUGGGUGUGUGAUGGAGAUCAUGACUGUCUGGACAAGAGCGACGAACUCAACUGCUCAUGUAAAGCACAGGGAUUGUUGGAGUGUAAAAGCGGACAGUGUAUCCCCAGUGCCUUUCGCUGUGAUGGAGAGGAAGACUGCAAGGAUGGCAGUGAUGAAGAAAACUGUACCAAACAGCAGUUUCAUGGCUCGUGUCCUCCAGACCAGCCGAGCUGUAUUUCUACUGCCUGUUCUCCUGGGUGUGGUGGUGGUGGUGGUGGUGGUGAUGGUGCUGGUGGUGCUGGUCCCUGUGAGCCUCACAACACCAGCACUAACUGCAGUGGCUGUGAGCCAAUCUCACUGGAGCUGUGUAUGAACCUGCCAUACAACACAACAAGGUUUCCGAACUAUCUGGGCCACCAAUCUCAGAAGGAGAGUUCAGUGAGCUGGGAGUCGUCCCUCUUUCCUGCACUUGUUCAAACAAACUGCUACAAAUACCUCAUGUUCUUCGCCUGCACUGUUCUAGUGCCCAAAUGUGACCUAAUUACACAUCAAAGAGUCCCACCAUGCAGGUCUCUCUGCAGGAGCUCUAAGGAGCGGUGUGAGUUGGUGCUGAGCAUUGUGGGAUUGCAGUGGCCUGAGGAAAUGGACUGUAUACAGUUUCCUGAGGAAGGACAAGAAAACACACCCUGUCUUCUUCCUGACCCAGAUGUAAAAGAGUGUUCACCCAGUCACUUCAAGUGUCACUCAGGACGCUGUGUGCUCUCCUCUAAACGCUGUGACGGACACAAGGACUGUGAUGAUGAGAGUGAUGAGGAACACUGUGGUUGUAGAGAGCGUGGACUAUUCGAAUGUCCCUCAGAUAAAUCCUGCAUUAAGAACUCGAUGAUCUGUGAUGGCUUUCCUGACUGCAGUCUCCAGGAGGACGAGGAGAACUGCUCGGUGUGUAAUGAUAACGAGCUGGAGUGCAAUAAUCACGAGUGUGUUCACCGAACUCUGUGGUGUGAUGGGAGGAAGCACUGCACAGACAGCUCAGACGAGUGGAACUGUGUCUCUCUCUCCAACUCAGUGUUGUUGGUUAGUAAGACAGCAGUGGAGUAUCAGGUUUGUGCUGAUGAAUGGAACCUGGAGCUCAGCAGCAUCGCUUGCAAGCAACUGGGUUUAGGUGUUCCUUUGUCAACAGAAGCCGUGGAGGAUGUGCACAUCUUUGGCAGGAGACGCU